CCGCAGCCAGCCCGGGAGCGGCGCUGCGCUGCGGUGUGAGAGCCGGGCGGAGGCCUGAGCCCUCGGCUGCCUGGGAGCGCGACGCGGUGCCAGGGCUUCCCCGCUUUGUCGCUGGGGCUGGGGCGCGGCGGAUUUACGAUCCAGUUCACCCCGGCAGGAAACGUUCAGAACCACCCCCGCGCUGCGGUCUACAAAGCCCCGGAGUCCGCAGGCGGGAGGAGUCGGAUCCCCGACACUGUCGGGCUCCCUCCCGCCCAGCUCCCGCAUCAGGCCGUCGCCGGCCUCAUGAGGACCCCCCGGCCGGGGCGGAGAACCGGGCACUGCCCGGACCGCGAUCCUGCCGCGGCCUUAGAACGUUAGACAGGAUGCGGCUAGACCGCCGGGCCCUCUAUGCGCUAGUCUUGCUGCUCGCCUGCGCCUCGCUGGGUCUCCUGUACUCCAGCACCCGAAACGCGCCAAGUCUCCCGAACCCUCUGGCAUUGUGGUCGCCCCCACAAGGUCCCCCGAGACUCGAUCUGCUAGACCUUGCCCCUGAGCCUCGCUACGCACACAUCCCGGUCAGGAUCAAGGAGCAAGUGGUGGGGCUGCUGGCUCAGAACAACUGCAGUUGUGAAUCCAAGGGAGGAAGCCUUCCCUUGCCCUUUCUGAGACAGGUUCGGGCGGUUGACCUCACUAAAGCCUUUGACGCUGAGGAGCUGAGGGCUGUUUCUGUCGCCAGGGAGCAGGAAUACCAGGCCUUCCUUGCAAGGAGCCGGUCCCUGGCUGACCAGCUGCUGAUAGCUCCCGCCAACUCCCCCUUACAGUACCCCCUGCAGGGUGUGGAGGUUCAGCCCCUCAGGAGCAUCCUGGUGCCAGGGCUAAGUCUGCAGGAAGCUUCUGUCCAGGAGAUAUACCAGGUGAACCUGAGUGCUUCUCUAGGCACCUGGGACGUGGCAGGGGAAGUAACAGGAGUGACUCUCACGGGAGAGGGGCAACCGGAUCUCACCCUUGCCAGCCCAGUUCUGGAUAAACUCAACCGGCAGCUGCAACUGGUGACUUACAGCAGCCGGAGCUACCAGGCCAACACAGCAGACACAGUCCGGUUCUCCACCAAGGGACAUGAAGUUGCCUUCACCAUCCUCGUAAGACACCCUCCCAACCCCCGGCUGUACCCACCAUCAUCCCUACCCCAAGGAGCCGAGUACAACAUCAGUGCUCUGGUUACCAUUGCCACCAAGACUUUUCUUCGUUAUGAUCGACUACGGACACUCAUUGCCAGCAUCCGACGCUUUUACCCUACGGUCACCAUAGUCAUCGCUGACGACAGUGACAAACCGGAGCGCAUUAGCGACCCACACGUGGAGCACUACUUCAUGCCCUUCGGCAAGGGUUGGUUCGCAGGUCGGAACCUGGCGGUGUCCCAAGUAACCACCAAAUACGUGCUGUGGGUGGACGACGACUUUGUCUUCACGGCGCGCACGCGGCUGGAGAAGCUUGUGGACGUGCUCGAGAAGACGCCCCUGGACCUGGUAGGGGGCGCGGUGCGGGAGAUCUCGGGCUACGCUACCACCUACCGGCAGCUGCUGAGUGUGGAGCCGGGCGCCCCAGGCCUUGGGAACUGCUUCCGGCAAAAGCAGGGCUUCCACCACGAGCUCGUUGGCUUCCCAAGUUGUGUGGUCACAGACGGCGUGGUCAACUUCUUCCUGGCGCGCACAGACAAAGUGCGCCAAGUGGGCUUUGACCCACGCCUCAACCGGGUGGCACAUCUGGAAUUCUUCCUGGAUGGACUUGGUUUCCUUCGUGUUGGCUCCUGCUCUGAUGUUGUUGUGGAUCAUGCAUCGAAGGUGAAGCUGCCGUGGACAGCAAAAGACCCAGGAGCUGAAACUUAUGCCCGUUACCGGUACCCGGGAUCACUGGACCAAAGUCAAGUGGCCAAACAUCGCCUACUCUUCUUCAAACACCGGCUACAGUGCAUGACCGCCGAGUGACGUCUGAUUUGGGCCUUCACACUGUCAGGCUGGGCCUGCCUCCUUGUUCCUUCCAGGAUUAUCCACCACCACCUCCAUCCCUGUGCACCCCACUGAUGAACACCCUGGCUUCCCGAUCCUCUCCACCAAUCUGAUUCCUAACAGGGGCUUGUCCUGGUGACACCCUUCCUUUCUGUGAGCGACCAGAGGCCCGAUGGAGCCAUAUCCUCUUCCCCCCACAGCCAGUGCCAAGUCCUCCCACAACCCCAUUCCUAUGGGGCAGGAAAUGGGGAGGUUCACUUUCCAAGUGCCAAAGAGCCCAGAAGGACUCUAAGACCCUCAAGUGGAAACACUCUCACCUCCCGAGGUGGGCAGGGAAACUCCCAAUUUGCAACCCCAGGGACAUGCACCCCACCCCAGCUCUGGAUCCAGCACCGUGUGUACCGGCUCCCACAUACCCCCACAGAAAGCACUGUGACUGUAGUUCUGUGGGGCUGGUGAACACACGGUGAAAGCCAUUUUUACUUG